AUGCCUCCAGGAGCUGCAGUCCUUAAAGAAAAAUUGGAAAGCGUCAAAGUGUGUGUGCGAUGUCGACCAUUCAACCAGACCGAGAUUGAAAAGAAAUCAAAGAAAUGUGUCGAAAUUGACAAGAAUCUCAAUCAAGUGAUUCUUACAAAGAAUGAAAAUGAGCCUCCGAAGCCACCAUUUACAUUCGAUGCAGUAUUUGAUAUGGAUGCAACACAAAUUGAGGUUUUUCAAUCUACAGCUAAACCGAUUGUUGAAAGUGUCAUGGAUGGAUACAACGGAACAGUGUUUUGUUAUGGACAAACAGGAUCAGGAAAGACUCACACAAUGGAAGGAAAGCCCGAGCCUCCUGAAUUGAGAGGAUUGAUUUACAAUUCUUUUUGUAGAAUUUUUGAAUUGAUUGACGAAGCUUCUAAAGAUAAGAAUUAUGUGAUCAGCGUGUCCAUGAUUGAAAUUUAUAACGAAGAAAUUAGAGAUUUACUUGUCCCCAAAGCUGACGCAGGAAAGAAAUUAGACCUAAAAGAAACAAAAGAGGGUGUUGAUGUAAAAGCUAAUAAUAUUAUUGUAAAAGAACUAAAAGCCAUAGACAAAAUUUUAGCAAUUGGUUCUAAAAACAGAGCCAAAGGAGAAACAAAUAUGAAUAAGGAUUCAAGUAGAUCUCACUCCAUUCUGACUAUUAAGAUUGAAAGUACUGUAGAUGGUCCAGUUGACAAGAAGGUACAUAUUAGAGCUGGUAAGCUGAACAUGGUAGAUUUGGCAGGAAGUGAAAGAGCAGAUAAAACGGGAGCAACAGGUGAAAGACUGAAGGAAGGUUGUAAAAUUAACUUAUCAUUGAGCGCUCUGGGUAACGUUAUUUCAGCUCUUGUAGAAGGAAAAGGCAAACAUGUUCCAUACAGAGACUCAAAGCUCACCAGAUUAUUGCAAGAUUCACUUGGAGGUAACACUAAGACAGUAAUGGUUGCCAACUUUUCACCUGCAGAUUUUAACUAUGAAGAAACCCUGUCGACGUUGAGGUAUGCCGACAGAGCCAAACAUAUUCAAAACAAACCAAAGAUUAAUGAAGAUCCUAAGGACGCCAUGUUAAGGCAAUUAAAAGAAGAAAUUGAGAAUUUAAGAGCUCAAUUACAGCAAACUCAAGCUCAUACACAAGCACCAGUGGUGGUAGGAAGCUCUACAACUACUGUUAUUGUGAGCGACAAUUCUCAACCAAUGGUAUUGUCAGCUUCUGUGAAUGAAGAAGAGCUGGAACGCAUGAAACUAGAAAAAGAAAAGGAAAAACAAAAAAUCAUUGAAGAGAUGAAACAAAAGUCUGCUGAAGAGAAGAAGGUUUUAUUAGAGCAACAAAAAAGAAUAGAGGAUGAGCGUAUAAAGAUUGAAAAUGAAUUGAAGGCACGUCAUGAAGCUUUAGAGCGUGAACGAAAACACAAGCUAGAAAUUCAAAACAAGUUAAUGGAACUUCAGUCAAGAUUGGUUCAAGGAGGUCAGCUGGAGCAAAUCAACGAAGAACAAAGAGAACAGCUUUUAAAACAAAAACAGGCAUUAGAAGAGAAGGAAUUAUUAGAACUUCAAUUACGAAGAGAGAUGGAAGAACAACAAGAAAAGAAUCUAGUCAUGGAGGAGAAAUACACAAGCAUCCAAGAUGAGGUUCAAAUUAAAACCAAAAAGCUCAAAAAGCUGUGGUCAAAAUUCGAAGCAGCAAAGGCAGAAAUUUCUGAUUUGCAAAAGGAAUUCCAACAAGAACGAGAAGAUUAUUUGUACACCAUUCGACAGUUGGAACGAGAGUUAAAACUUCGAACGAAAAUUAUGGAACAUUUCAUUCCAGCGGAAGAGGUUAAGAAAAUUGAGGAACGAGCAGUUUGGGACGACGAAGAGGAUGAAUGGAAAAUUCAAUCCGUGUUUUUGGCAGGAAAUCAUCAACGAAAGAAUCGUCCAAUAUCUGCUUCAGGUUUAAAACGACCUGUGGCUUAUUCGGUCAUUGGAAAUCCCAAUCCAAGAUACAAAACAGAUCACGUGAUUGAUCUUCCAAUGGAAAUGCCUGAACGAACCACUGAAGAUUAUAGAUUCAUGGAGGAGCAUGAACCUUCGGUCUAUGCUUCCACGAAUUUUGAGCCUGAAGUGAUGUCAGCCACCAACAAUUCAACGACUUCAUCGGUUCAGAGAAAGUCUCGUCCCUCCUCUUCAAAUCCAAGCAAAGUUUCAAGACCUAAAACUGACAAACGAAUUGCACCCUCUGAAGAAUACCCUUCCUCAAGAGGGUUAGUCAGAAAGAAUUAA